AUGAACCCUUACAGCGAGUUUGGCUAUUGCGGAACCAUAGACGAGUUCUGUAACUCUAAAUGCCAGAACAAGGGCGGUUGCAAGCCUGUCAAGCGGCCUAGUUGUAAAUCUACCUCGGACGCGAUGGAAUCCGAAGUAAGAAUUGCAUACUAUGGUGCUUGGGGCGCUUCGAGAGAAUGCAACCGCAUUCAACCCGAGAAUAUCCCUGCUGGCGUUCUCACUCACAUUAACGUUGCCUUUGAGUAUGUCUCGGAAGACUUCGAAAUCACCGACGAGAACAAGGGCGUGGUGGCCCGAACUGCACGGCUUAAGCGGACAUACGACGGACUCCGGGUCAACAUAGCUAUCGGGGGCUGGGUUUUCAACGAUCCGCCGACCCGGUAUCGAUUCUCUGACAUGGCAUCAACUGUCCCCAAUCGAGAAAGGUUCAUCAGCUCUCUCAUCAAGUACAUCCAAAAAUACGGCCUCGAUGGGGUGGAUCUCGACUGGGAAUAUCCUGUGGCGGAUGACAGAGGCGGCGCCAAGGAAGAUUAUGACAACUUUGUUCUUCUCUGUUCUGAGAUCCGCGAGGCGUUCGACUCGGUUGACCCUGGAUGGCAGCUCACUCUUACUCUCCCAUCUAGCUACUGGUACCUUAGAGGAUUCGACAUCAAGCGGCUCGAAAAAUACGUUGACUGGUUUAAUGUCAUGACAUAUGACAUCCAUGGCGUCUGGGAUAAGAAGAUCAAGGCGACUGGGCCUUAUCUCAAAGGGCACACCAAUCUCACAGAGAUUGAGGACGGCCUAGAUCUGCUCUGGCGCAACGGAGUCUCGUCCGACAAAGUCGUUAUGGGUUACGGGUUCUACGGGCGAGGCUUCACCAUGAAAGACCCCUCAUGCAACAAACCCCCGGAUUGCUUCUUCUCCGGUCCAUCAUUCCCAGGGGACUGCACAAAUGAGGCAGGUAUCCUCUCAUAUGCUGGCAAGUUUAUUCUUCAAUCUGAAACAAAGUUGGGCACCGGCCGUCCCCUUUACGACCAAGAGUCCACCGUAAAAUGGAUGAUUUACGGAUCCAACGAGUGGAUAUCUUUCGAUGACGCUGAAACCUUCAAGGCCAAGAAGUUGUACCAAUCAUCCCGUUGCCUCAAAGGGUUCAUGAUUUGGUCGCUGGAUUUGGACACGCCCGAAUUCGACGCCAUGCACGACCUCUUCGGCGACAAAAACAUGGCCAAUGCGUUGGGAGAUACUUCUCUCAAGUCCCAUGAGAAGGGUAAGCUUGUUGAGGACUUGUCUGCCUAUACUGGGCAGAACUGCUACAUCCCGAAAAAGUGUGCUCGUGGCGGCAACGAGAAGAACUCACAAGCAGAGUGCGGUUCCGGAUACAAAUCUGUGGAACUUGCCCACGCGCCGUGGCAAAUCCAACAAGAGCUAGCACUGGAGAAAUGCAAAGAGGGCCAGUACCAUCACAUCUGCUGUCCUACAAAACAUGCGCCUUCCAACUGCGAAUGGGUCGGUGCCCCAAAGAAGAGCGAGUUUGGCUGCGAUCGAGGAUGCGGUGACAGCCAAUUUGAGCUCACUACAGACAGUUACACAGACCACAAAGGUGAGGGUAACUGUUACUCUGGUAGAAGAAGUCUUUGCUGCGAUAGCACCAAGAUUGUGAACGAGUGCUGGUGGUCCGACUGUGGCCCUUCCAAGGACAACUGUGGGAAGGAUGCUGAGGUCGUCGCAUGGCGAGGGGACAAAGACAACGGAACGGGACAUUCACUGACCUCAUCUAUAGAUCCGCUCGAGAACUGUGCAUGGUCAAACGACGCGACCAAGGUCAAGGAUGCAUCAUCCGACAAACAGUGGCAAGACAUGUACACCUGUGCCAAGAAACAGUGCGGCUCAGAGCAGCUCGCUGUUACCCGUGCACUCGUCCCUCACGUAUCCAUCCAGUGGCAAAAGAAGGAUGCUGUCAACUGCGCCGACUACCCCAACUAUCCGGGAGUUUCCCCAGAGUAUCCACUAUGCUGCGAUCCGCCCUCCAAGUUCGACAACAGUUGGCCUGUCGAGCCCAAGUACCUCUGGAGCAACCGUGCCGACGAUGACGAGGCUGAUGUCACCUGGCAAUGGGCCAACAACUUUGGCAACAACAACCAUGACAUCACUCCUGAUGACCUGGACGACAAUCCGGGCUCUGAUCCUUAUGGAUUUGUCAUGCUGGAUGGCCCGCUAGGGUCUAUCAACAAUGCUUUCGGUGAUGAUUUCACCGUUGUGGAGCGUGAGGAGCCUCGACGGUUGAAGAAGAGAGCCCUUGUCACAACGAACCGCACCGUUCUGUCGAAUGUGUUUGAGCACUCCGACGAGACGAUCCGGGUCUACUGCAAUCAUCCCGCGGACUCGCACCAAUGCCGUCGCACCUUCUAUAAAGGCGCCAAGGAUACCAUCAUCCGUCUUCCGUCGCACGUUGGCGAGGGUCCAUGGGCUCGCAUUGUCUCCAUGGAACCAGAGGAUGAGCAGGAUGACCUUCCACUCUGGAUUCUUCACAAGAGAAGAGCUACGGAAAACCGAAACGGUAUGUCAACUAAGGUUAGAAUCGAUUACAACUUCCAUCUCAUUGAGCGUGACGACGACCCUGUGAAUAUCCGCAUCGACUACACCAAUCUCAUGGAGUAUUGGGACAACGUUACAGACGAGCCUGCCAACAUCGCCACUCAUGGAUCUGAAAUUGAACGGCGUUGGUUUGGCCCCUUUGAGGAGUGGCUGAAGAAGCUCAACGAUGUCAAGAAAGGUGAGUCGGGCGUGCUGCCAAUGGGGCUGACCAAGUACUUCACUCUGUACAGCGGGAGACUCCAUUGUGAGAACAAUGCCGGGGUGACUGUCGAAGCCGGCCUGGAUGUUACGGCUGACAUUGGCAUCGAAAUGAACACGAGAUACGCCUACUACUUCUCUGGAACCGUGGUGCCACCCAAGAUCAUCGACACUUACGCCUUUGUUGGCGCACAGCCUGAAGUCACUGCAGGAAUCGAAAUCGAAGGCGACGCUUCCCUGGCAUACAAAACAAAGCGCAAAAAGCUCAUCGACACGCUCACUUACCCCGGGCUGGCCAUCAAGGGGAUUGCCGCCGUCGGUCCCUCAUUUGAUCUUUGGGGUCAACUCAACGGAAAAGUGACAGUCCGGGGCCAAAUGCGCGUCGGGGCGACAUAUGCCCUGGCGCCUAUCGAGAUGUACAUGCCCAACAACGACAACACGAGACAGAGGGCCAGCAAGGAGCUUGAGGAGAGCCUUGUCAACAAGACAGAAGGCCUAGAGCCUGAUUUUCAAGCCAACGUCGAGGCCGAUGUAGAGUUUGACAUUCUCGUGACCCCUGAGGUCAACAUGGGAAUCAAGAAAACUCUGGUUGAUGCUCACGUGUCUGCAUUCGUCAACACAACCCUGCGAUUUUACGCCAAUGCCAUAGCAUCAACGAUGUUGGGCGAGAGAAUCUCUUGGUCAUACCAAUACGGCGUCAAGUUCUUGUAUCGCGUUGGA